UCAGACUGUGAAGAGCCCACACCUGGAUUACAUCUCAGUCGUACGAGGCUAAUCGGUGUCUCCAUCUUCAGAGAGUUUGUAUCCGCUGAACACUGUAUGGAGGAGUGUUACAAGCUUCCUGACUGUGUGGCCGUCACUUUUUGUCCCGAGUGCGACAGUAACGAUGGUGACUAUAAACUAUGUCAACUCUUUCAAGAUAGUAACACAUGCAGUGCGGCGAACAACUCUCAGUGGCAAACAACCAUCUUUCUUAACAAAAUACAAACACUCUUUAAACUGCAAAAUACGACGGUUUUUGCUGAUUCCAAUCCUGAGUCUAAGAAUCUCAUUGUAUCUUCCUCACAAAGCUGCUAUUCCUCUUGUCUCGAUGAAGACAAGUGUCUGGCCGUCACAGUCUACAAAAGCACUGGGUCAACUCUCAAUUGCACACGCCACACAAGCAAUAUUAAAAGUAUGAAGGAGGAAACAAGUGCCGACCUGUAUUUUGUGUCACCACACUCAAAAAGGACAACAAGAAAGACGAAGACCCUUAUUCAUAACGACUGGUUCAUGGCAUCCUGCAUCAGCGAUGAUGGAUGUCCUCAGAAGAACGCGAUGUGCUUUGAGGACAGAUGUAUUUGUCGUCCUGGGUUUUUUUCCUCAACACUGGACAAUACUUGCUCUCCGACAUGCAGCACAGCCAAACUUCAGAAUUCAUUCAUGGAGUACCCGGAGAGCGGACUACGGGGACAUAAUGUCGUUGUACGGGAUCAACUGACUUUAGAAGAGUGUAAGAUCCUGUGUGUCACAACUUCCGGUUGUCUUACCUUAGAUUUCAGAGCCAUAGGAGGGCGCUGUCUGCUGCAUAACAUCACAGCUCUUGACGUGCCAUUAGCCUGGUAUCCUCACAGUAGUGGAGGCUGGACCCACUACCAGAGAACCUGCAUGGACUCUUUAGAGUCGUAUCCUGGACCACUGUGGUACAACUCAACGUGUCGUAGUGACCUCGACUGUCCUGACCCCAACGGUCGGUGUCUACUGGGAAAAUGUUUAUGCCCCACUGGUUUCUUUUUGGAUCAAACCGUCGUUUCCUGUCGAAUUAUUGAAUCGUGUGAGGAGUGGCGGAGGACAGGCGCCAUCUCCGGUGUAUACAAUAUCACCACUGCAAACAUGUCGUUGAAAGUCUCAUGUGACAUGAAUAACGGCGGUGGCUGGCUGGUUUUCCAGAGACGUCGUGACGGGUCUGUUGACUUCUACAGAAACUGGACGGACUAUGAGCAAGGGUUUGGUGACAUCACUGGAGAGUUCUGGCUUGGUUUAAACAAGAUUCACAAACUUACACAAGGCAGACCUCAUCGACUCCGUGUUGACCUUAUGGAGGUGAAUGGCGAACGUCACUAUGCUGAGUACUCGUCCUUCAGUGUGGGCGGUCCUGAAACAAAAUACAGACUCCAGGUCUCUGGUUAUUCAGGGAACGCAAGUGACAGCCUUAGAAGACAGAACAACCGAGGUUUCACCACACACGACCAAGAUAAUAGCAAUUACACUGGCACUAACUGCGCCGUAUAUUACCACGGCGCCUGGUGGUACGAAUCGUGUCACCGCUCCAACCUCAACGGACGUUACAAGUCUGACGGGGCCGUUGGCGGUGACGGCAUUGUAUGGUAUUAUGCCCAUAAUGAUACCAGAGGCUUCACUUUCUCGGAGAUGAAAUUUAAGGCAGUGUAACACUGCGGUCCCCUACCUUUAACCUCAGCGUACGACACUGUAUGUUUCAUGCUAAUGCUGUGUUCACAGUAACUCUAGCGUGACCUAUGUAGCUUCAGUUUUCUCCAAGGAUAUGAACAUUUUGUUGUCAAUAAUUAAAGCAAUACUAUUUUCGCUUUCUAUGGGUUUGGUGCGUACGUGUAUAUCUGCAUGCAAAAACCAAUACUAUACGCUAAAUACAAAUGAAAUAACCACAGAGAUAUAAUUAUUUUCUUUUUAGUUCAUAGACAAGAAAGAAAAGGUCAAGGUGUAAAUACUAUUAGGUGCUGAAGGUGUUUGACAGGGGGCGUUACCGGUGAGCUAAUAGCGUUGUCCUUUCUUUCAUUUUUUUUACUUUUUCCAAAAGUAUUCUUGCUUAAUGUAAGGAGUUAUUUUUUCGCAUACUUUCAGAUUUAGUCAUUAACCGACACAUUGCUUUAUUAAAUACUACAAUAAGAAAAGGUAAGAUAUUGUAAAACGCUGAGCUAAAGAAAAUAAAAACGAUCUUACAUUAUGACUGAAGUUGAGACAAAACUAGUCUAGCAAUAAUUUCUCAAUUUUAAGAUAAAGAUCAGACAGUUCUUAUGUUUAACGAUCUGAGAGAUAACUAUCAACACAUCAUAUCUAUCCUGAUAUUAGAGUAUAGCAAGCGAAACCUGGAGAAAGAAAAGUAGCUUCUUCAAAACCCUUACUCACCCAGCGGUCACAGUGAGGACACGUGGGUGUACCCUAAUACUUCAAUGUUUGCUGUGAAACAUGUGAUAAAACCACCUAACCACGUUUGAAUAGUACUUUAAACUUGUAAGGGAAUCAAUUUUGUAGUAUAUUUUAAUAAUUCAUCAUGUGAUAUGUGUGACUAGAUGUGUAUGGUUAAAAAUAUUCUGCUCUCACCCAUCAUGUGGUGACUGUUUUACUGCUUUUAAAAUAAUUUAUUCCAUAUGCUUAACAAAAUUUUCAUUUUCCUUCACCUAUGAUUUAAGACAACCUUAACUAUGUUUCUCUGCUUCUUAGACCGAUUAAGGAACA